AUGUCGCAACGUCCUCAUGGACAGGCUCCGCCGUCUGAGAUGGGAGAUCCCAACUACGCUGCCCUUUUAUUCCAACAACAGGCGGAUGGGAGUACCAGGCGAAUUGGAGCAGCAGCAGGCGGAUGGGAGCAGCAGGCGAAUGGGAGAUCCCAACUGCAGCAGGACUCCCCGGUGCUGCCGUGGUUGGAGAAUACGGCGCAAGGAGACCAGCGACGACUCCAAAGGAAUAGAUCGUACAAAAUUUCAAUCCGCAGGUGGAAUAGGUCCAUAGUAGUUGGUGACGUGACAAUUUUUUAA